AUGCUCCUCUCGUCCAGUCGCACCAUUCUCCCUGGCCGCACUGGUUUGCAGCUUACGAGAUGCUUCGCGACCAGACGCGGCGGCGGCGGCGAUGUGGACGAGGCCGAAUUGCAGGCAGCACGCAAGUGGCUGAAAGCUCUCAACCCCGACACCAUUCCUCGCGAGCUGUGUGAGAUCAGCUUCUCUCGCUCGUCCGGGCCAGGCGGGCAGAAUGUCAACAAAGUGUCUUCGAAGGCCACCCUGCGCAUUCCUAUGUCCGUGCUACGCCAGCGCCUUCCCAGAUUGAUGCAUCCCACAAUCCAGAGCAGUCGCUACCAUGCUGCCAAGUCGGAUGAUCUAGUCAUCCAGGCAGACGACUCUCGCAAGCAGAGUGACAAUGUCAAUGCCUGCUUUCGCAAGCUUCAUGACCUGAUAGUGCAGGCUGGCAGAGACAAUGUGCCCGGCGAGACGAGCAAAGAGCAGGUCGAAAGGGUUGAGAAGCUACAGAAGGCAGAGGCUGCCGGCAGGCGCAAGAUGAAGGAGUUCCAGAGCAAGAAGAAAAGUGCUCGACGUGGUGCAGGACGAGGCGAUGAUUGA